CCACUUGCCGGAAGAACAGCGCGUGUUCACGUCAAAACAAUCCGGAAGACACUGGAGCGGAGACGAGGUCAAGGCUCCAGUGAUCGCAAAUGUUCAUGGAAGCGGAAUCUGAUGCACCUCUGGGUUACCGUGCAGAAUAGGCGUCGGCCGGUGUCAGCUUUAUGAGCCAGAGCUGACCCAGUCCCGCGUCACGGGUCGGACUCCACGUCCAUGCGUACAUACCGCAGCUUUUCCAGGUACUAUCCGAACUGGUGUGGCUCUGGUCCGGGGACAUCAUGGGAAAUGGAAUGAAUAAGGUUGUUGAUGGACUCUACCUGGGCAACAUCAGAGAUUCGGAAAACAGAGAGAAUCUCUCCAAAAACGGAAUCACCCACAUCCUUUCUGUGUACAACAACGCUAAGCCAGUGUAUGAGGACAUUACAUACCUUUGUAUCCAUGCAGCUGAUGCAUCCAGCCAAAACCUGCUGCAGCAUUUCAAACAGUGCAUCGGCUUCAUCCACGAGUGUCGCCUCAACGGCGGAGCCUGUUUGGUUCACUGCCUUGCAGGUGUGUCCCGCAGCACCACCAUGGUGGUGGCCUACCUGAUGACCGUCACCCACUACAGCUGGGAGGAGUGUCUGACCGCCGUCAAGGCCGUUCGCUCGUUCGUCGGCCCAAACUGCGGCUUCCAGCAGCAGCUGCAGGAGUACCAGAACACGCAGGUCUCUGAGUACCGAGCAUGGCUUCAGUCCAGCUUCCGUCCCAGUCCGUUCAGUGACCAGCAGCAGGUGGAGGCUCUGUUGAAGCAGUUCGCUGAGCAGCAGGAGAGCCAGGGGAGAGGGGCGGACCACAGCUGGAUGAACCGGGGAAUAGACACUGAUCGUCCGGAGGGCAGCAGCUGAAACCGCUGCUCUCUGCUACAUUCAUGUCCUGGGUCAUCUGGAAACCACUGCUCUGUACUCAAUUUGAACCUCCAAACUUAAUGCAACUUUAGAACUUUUUGGAAAUACUAAAAACUUGGAUUUACAGAUUUUUUUUUUCUGAGGGGGGUGGGGGUCUGUCACAGCUGUUUUUGAUCUCUGGAUCUUGAUAUAGAAAUGUACUACAGACUUGAAUUCCUAUUAUCACUGAGCACUGCCACUAAAGGGGUUUAGGUGCUCAUGGACGCCUUAUAAUAAACACCCCAGCACUUUAGACAAAGUGAGUAACUUCUAUGUGUGUGUUUUUUAUUUUUUUAUUUUUUUUCAAUCAUUGAUUAAGCAGCCUUAAAGAAAUUGAGUGAUUAAUGUUUGCCUUUAUGAAAAUGAGAUGAAUCUUUUUUUUUUUUUUUUUUUUUUUUACAUGCACUAGUUCAGGUUCUCAGAGGUAAAAAUUACACAUCAAGCACAUGUAAUUAAAGAAAAGAAGAGGAACAAAUGUUUUAUUUGGUCAUGCCGCCAACACCAAACUCCAGUACCCGGACCACACUGUGGAACUUCCUGACUUGGUGCAGAUUAUGAUCAUUUUGUAGCAGGACACAAACCUGGUGGGCCGAGUAGCCCAUAAACUCCCACUGUCCCUGCUAAGAAGGUAACUUUAUGCACCUCAUCAGGCUUUAGGCACAAAGAAACAGAACGGUGAAACAAUACAGCCAGAAGGUGACAUUUGGAGAUAGACUGAGCCCCAGUAAUGGUAGUUCACACUCGUUGAAAAUGUUUUAACAUUUGCAAAAUGUUACUUGAGUGGAAGGAAACUCCCAUGGACUUAGAAGAGUAAUUCCUUCUCCUUUCCAAACACCCGUCUUCCUUUUAAUAGAUCUUUUUUUAAUGUGAUAGUGCAGAUUUUCAUGUGACUCUUGUUAAAUUUCUGUUCUGUGUUUUUAAAUAUGUAUUUAUGGUUCAAUUGUUGUAUUUUAUUAAGAAAUGCCAAAUAGCAAAUAAAUCUGAACCUCAUGACAUGGAGUGCACAAGCCAAGUUAAAGCAUGUAAUACAAAAACAAUUGAAAAGGGAUAUGGACCACAUGAGAGAUUUAUUUCCUCUAAAGCAUCAGAUUUAAUUGAACAUCUGAUGGUUAUAUGAGAAGUGUAUCAGCAUGCACGGGUGACGCAGCGUGCUAUUGGCCCAGCUCAAUUAUUAGCUGACACUUUUUAAAAACAAAACAAAAAACAAUCAGCAUCUUUACCAUGUGCAAAAUCCUGAAGACUUUACACCAGGGGUGUCCAAAUGAUUCAGUUUGAGUGACGAAAUUGUGACAUCAAAAUCGUUCGAGGACAAAAAAAUAAAUAAGAUAACCAAA